AUGAAGAAUAUCAGGUUACCCACCAGUCCUGAUAUAGAUACAUUGAUAAUCAAAGAUCUGGUGAUAAUCAAGAAUUGUUUAUCUAUAUUAGGUCCGAAAUUGGCCGAGCCUCACGUAUUUUACAAUCAUCUGGACAAACUAUUCAAAAUAUUCGCUACUAUCAGCGAAUUUAAUCUGGCUUACGCUAUCGAUUCCAUGCGACCCGUAGGAAAACACAAAAUUCAAGAGAUCGAGAACGUGCUACCCAAAGAAAAGUCGCUUUGCGAGGAAGCUAACCCGAUUCUUGAUGAUCAAAAAUCGUUCGAAGACGAGAAAUUUUACAAAUAUUUUAAUCGACCCCAAAUGGUUCGAUAUUACAAGGAGUGCCUCGACACUAUAGGAUACCACUGUGAUAUUAGGUUGACCAUAGAUUAUUUGCUAGAAUGGUACUUUGCUACCAACUCAGAAACCAAAUUGAAUGCUGAUACCGAUCAUUUCGAUGAAAACAGCAACGAAAUUCUAUUCUUCUUGAAUGAGAUUCUGGGAGGGUUCUCUCGAAAAAUGGCGGAUGACGAAAGCACGAGGGACAAAUCCGUGAAAGAGGAUGGAAGCGAAAAUUCCGAAAUUAUCGUCUACUUGAUGAAGGAAUUAUUGCCCGUUUAUUUGAGCCUUCGUAACUGGAAACCGGGGUUGAGCGACCCUAGCUUCGAUAAUCAAAAUGGCGUCAAAUUUUCUACGAAAUCGAAUACUCUUAUAUCCUCCAACUUCAGCGAUAUCAAACUUAAGUCAGACUCCAAAAUAGAGUUUAACAGGCGCUUGAAUGGCCCCCUGGUCAGCAUAAUCUCCGAAACGGACACGAAGCCUGAAAAGAUGGAGGAUGAUAAAAAACAUUUUUUGGAGUUUUCUGCUCUACCUACCAAUGUGAGCACAAACCUUCUCAAUUUGCGGAUUCCAGGGAUCUUAAACAAAUUUCAAGAAGUUCCUUCACCAACGAAACUUUCUAAAAAACAAUCCCAAAGCUCGCGUUCUAUCCUGACGACUUUGUUAAGCGUUGAAGGUUUAGCUCGAUUGUUGGAUCUGCUUUCCCAUUCACUCAUCAAAUCCGAUAAAAGCAUUAAGGCCUUAUUAAUCAAAAAAUCGCUCUACCCUCUACUCGUUUUAUCUGUCGCUUCGCCCUAUAAACCCUUAGCGGAUGUUUCUAAGUCAACUUUAACUAGUCUCGCUAUCGCUUUUGGAUACGGGAAUGUUAAUCGUCUGCUAUCCCUCAACGCUCAUCAGCUGAUUAAUCAAGUUACUCUGAAUAUAGAAUAUUUGGGAGUCCGCUUAGAAAACAUUAAUCAUCAUUUUGAUGUCAGUUUAAGCUUGGAUACGUGUCCAAUAUACCCCAACACAGCCACUCACGUAUUUACCGCCUUGAUCAAUCAUUACACCGCGUUAUUAGACGAUUAUAAGGAUAACGAGGAAAGUAACAAUAUCCCUUGCGCAUCAUCUAAUACAAACUCGAAAGCCGAAAUCUUAGUUUCCCGCUCGCCACAAGACGAGCUGACACCCUUAGCCAGACACGCCCUUCUUCUCACUCUAGCUAACAGGCUACGUUCGCAUUACAUUUUAUCUUCCCCUAGCUCGAAAUACUAUUCGGAUCGCCACAGUGCUAUGGACGCGAUCGAUAACUCCGAAAUUAGAUCGCUUUUGAUAGUUUUUUCCGCCUACGCCAAAUACGCUAGAUAUUACGCCCAGAAAUGCCGAAAAGAACCUUUGUUUGACGCGACUUUGUUGGCGGUCGUGGAAGGCAAUGAGAAAUGGAGUUUGAGAAAACACAUCGAAAAUGUUAAAGCCAAAAUGGACGCCGAAAGGAUUCGAGAAUCGAAUCACGAUCAACACGAGGAAAAGGGAGAAUUUGUUACGCCACUAGGCGUGAAGGAUAUAGGGGAUGAUGAUAGUUUGGAGACUGUUCAAUAUUCGAACAACCUUUUGGAAGAUAAGGAGACUCCGUUGUACGUUGGAGUCAUCAAAGAAGCGUUUGAUUUGUUACCCAAAUUUUUGUAUCACGAAGAUCUUACCGUCAAGGCCAUUGUACUCAAUACCUUAGAAGACGGUAUCGUAUCUCUCCUAUCUUUCCCAGAUAUACAACUACCAUUAAUUCAUAACCUAUGGAUACCCACAAAAUCUUGUCUUUCGACUUCACCCGUUGGUUCUCUUUCCUUCCCUUGCCUGAUUCGAAAUGUCAGAGUCCUCAAGUUAAUCCACGAUUCCUUAACCCUGACCUCGGAUUGCAGAGAUUUUGUGAAAUCCAGAGUGCUGAAAGAGGUCAUCAAGCCUUUGAUGUUAUGUUAUUACGGGGCAGAAGUUAAAGGGAGAACUGGUUCAGCCAACAGGAAGAAGGAUGCACACGUGGCACCUGUCAAGAAUUUUCGCAAUGAACCGCUUUACCUGUCCGUUUUUAGCUCUUUCAUGAAAUAUAUGACUGGGCUCUGCAUCAAAUUAAAUUUACCACCCGAUAUAGAAAGUGACAUCAUAACGAAAAUACUACUCCCCAGUUUUCACGAAGCUUAUAACCCACCAUUGGCAAAGGUGGCAAAGAUUUAUCUGGAUGAAAUGGCUCGAUAUGAUCCUUUUAUGGUUUCUUACUACCGUGACGCGUAUUUAUCUACGAAAACGGAUAAUAAAAACGAUCGCAGCCGAACAUAAUCAUAAAAUUACAAUGUUAUAGUUAAUGUAUUAUGAAAAUAUUGAUAACAAAAAAAUCAGGUGGAAAAAAUGGAAAAUAUUUCUGCCAAAAAAUGUAAAAUUGUGUAAUAUGCCGUAAAU